AUGGAGGUGAUACGGUCUCAGAAGCGAACAGCCUCAAACGACGCCGCUUCAAUUCCCACGCUUCCGUUGUAUUUUACAGCUCCACCGAUGGAAGUCCGAUUAGAAGAGUUCGAGCUCUUCGCAAUCGAUCGCCUACGAGUUCUGAAAGGGGUCUCAGAUGGAUUGGCCCGUGGGAAAAACCCUAAGGAAAUGGAUGAUCUGGUGUCUACUUUGUGGAAAGAACAUAUGAGACAUUCGGAUGUAUCUGAAAUGUUGAACAAGGAUAUAAUCUCACAUUUCGUUCUACGUCUCGUUUAUUGUAGAUCGGAUGAAUUGAAGAAAUGGUUUCUCAGCAUGGAAACUGCUCUUUUCCGUCAUAGAUUCCGGCUACAAAACUUUGAAGCUCAGAGAGCAACCGUGGGAGAGUUUGGACUACAGUAUAAGGCAGUCACAGGGGCAGAACUUGAGAGUUUGAAGGAGAAGUUGGGGCAAGUAGUACGUUCACUGGGUCAAAUUUCACCUACUAUUGAAACCAUAUACUAUAAGGUGCCUUUUGAAGAGGUUCCUGAUCUUGUAGCUGGCCGGAGAGUAUUUAUACAGAAAGGGAAUGCCUUUGUUGCUGGCAGUCAGUUGGUUUCUCUUGUUGUCACACAAUUUCGAUCUCAUAUAUCAAAAGCCCUCAUCCUGACAAACAGAAAAUGGACAACUACUAUUCGAGAACGAGAAAAAGACAGACUAACUCCAAUAGUAGAAGGGUUAUCUUCAAGCUACUUGGGUCCAGAUUAUUCUCAGUCAAAUGAGUACGCUGACAUAUCACUUAAGGAUAUUGAUCAAGUUGCCAAGAGUUCCUUCCCCCUUUGUAUGAGGCAUCUAUUUGAAAAACUUCGAGAAGAUCACCAUCUAAAACAUGGAGGAAGAAUGCAACUGGGUCUUUUCUUGAAGGGUGUGGGUUUGAAGCUCGAAGACGCCCUAGCAUUUUGGAGAGCAGAAUUCACUAAAAAGGUUGGCUCUGAGAAAUUUGAUAAAGAGUAUGCAUAUUCCAUUCGCCAUAACUAUGGAAAGGAAGGCAAGAGAACGGAUUAUACCCCUUAUGCUUGUCAAAAGAUAAUCUCAUCUGCUCCUGGUGUUGGGGAUCAUCAUGGCUGUCCUUAUCGACAUUUCAGUGAUGAUAACCUGAGAGCAGCACUUGGUAGAAUGGGACUGAGUUCUCGUGGAAUGGAAGACGUAAUGGAUAAAGUGCGGAACAAACAUUAUCAGCUUGCAUGCACAAUGACCUUUGAAGCUGUUUAUGGUACAACGUGUGACGCUGGUAUCAACCAUCCGAACCAAUACUUCGAGGAGAGUCAGAAGAUUUUGAAACCCAAGACGCCAACUGCUCCGGUCUAA